GGAUGCCUGUAGGCUGCUUGGUGAUGCGUACACAGUGAGUCCUGGUGCUGCCAGGUCUGACACUUGGCUGUACCAUUAGAGACACACAGUCCGCCCCGGGAACCAUGGCAGCACAGAUCCAUCCCAAACCCCUGACCCGCAAACCCAUCUUACUCAGCAAGCUGGAGGGCUCCCAGGACGUGGUGAACACGGCAGUGAUUGUACCCAAGGAGGACGGGGUGAUCAGUGUAUCAGAGGACAGAACUGUGCGUGUUUGGAUGAAGAGGGACAGUGGACAAUUCUGGCCGAGCAUUUAUCAUGCAAUGCCAGCUCCAUGUUCAUGUAUGUCUUUUAACCCGGAAACCAGAAGGCUGAACAUAGGGCUAGACAAUGGUUCCAUUUCAGAAUUUAUUUUAUCAGAAGAUUACAAUAAAAUGAAUCCAGGAAAGACCUAUCUGGCUCACCAGGGAAGAGUCACAAUGGUAUUAUUCAUCUUGGAAAUGGAGUGGGUUCUGAGCACUGGUCAGGACAAGCUCUUCACGUGGCACUGCUCGGAGAGUGGGGAGCGCCUGGGUAGCUAUCGAACGUCGGCCUGUGCUUCGUGUCUGCAAUUUGACGUGGAGACCAGACAUGUAUUUGUUGGUGAUCACUCGGGACAAGUUACAAUCCUUAAACUUGAACAAGACAACUGUAGCCUCAUCACUACGUUUAAGGGGCAUACAGCUGGGGUGACAGCACUGUGUUGGGACCCAGUACAGAGACUUUUGUUUUCCGGAAGUUCUGACCAUUCCAUUAUCGUGUGGGAUAUUGGUGGACGCAAAGGAACAGCUCUAGAGCUUCAAGGACACCAAGAUAAAAUCCAGUCAAUCUCUUAUGCUCACCACUCACGGCAGCUCAUUUCCUGCAGUGCCGAUGGCAAGAUUGUAGUCUGGAACAUGGAUAUAGAAAGGCAAGAGACACCAGAAUGGUUGGACAGUGACUCCUGUCAGAAGUGUGACCAGCCUUUCUUCUGGAAUUUCAAGCAGAUGUGGGACAGCAAAAAGAUUGGACUCAGACAGCAUCAUUGCAGGAAAUGUGGGAAGGCAGUGUGUGGGAAAUGCAGCUCUCAAAGGUCCUCCAUUCCACUCAUGGGUUUUGAAUUUGAAGUACGGGUGUGUGACAGCUGUCACCAGUCUAUAACAGAUGAAGAACGUGCGCCGACUGCUUCUUUCCAUGACAGCAAACACAAUAUUGCCAAUGUACACUUUGAUGCAACAAGAGUGUGGUUAUUGACAUCAGGAACUGACAAGAUCCUAAAGCUAUGGGAUAUGACCCCUGUGGUCUCAUGAUGACACUCUGACCAAUGUGCAGUUUCGCAGCAACUGAGCCUGAUUGUCCAUCGCUUGUUGGACCACAGAGAGCUUCAUACAAUGAGUAGAAGCAUCUUUCUUGAAACCCUAGAGGUGUGAACGGAGUUGGCCUUUUAUUGAAUGACUUCUCCAAAGAUGAGAUAUCUACGUUCCCUUUUUAACUCCCAAACAGAAUCCACGAUUGCAAACGAAAGCUAGGGUUCUUAUCUAAUUUAUUGAUACGUCCUACAACAUAUGCUCCUUGUUUGCACAUGUUCAGUUUUUCUUUUUUUUCUUUUUUUUACUUUAUCACCAGAUUUGAAGUGUCUCAUCCAGAAAGGAUUUUUAGUGCUACGCACAUAGUUUGUAGUGUAUUUAACUGUUCAAAUUGCUGCUCUUUGUGUUAUGGUUCUAAUUUAAUUUAGCCUGUCUGACCUCUAGUGCAUUACACAUUCCUAUAGAAGAGCCUUAGUAGCAGGUGCAAUCACUGGGACAGAGCGAGGAGGUUUCCAGCACAGUGUUAUAAACACCUGACUAUAAGAAACUUCUGGCAUAUUCAUUCUAAUUUAAUUGAUGAUCAGGGUAUUUUUUUUUUUUUUUAUUUAAUAUAGGGCUCUUGUGUUU